CGUCAUAAAUUCUUAUACACAACUCCUUCCAUUUCUCCCAUCUCAAGUUUCUCGAGUUUUAUUUCAUUUCCCAAAAUAUCCCAGAAUUCAAAGAUCCUUCCUUCUGCAUUAAGCUUCUUGAAUCCAUCAAAUGGUUGCCUCUUCAGCCGUUUGAUCUUUCAAGAAGCAGAUCAGUUCAUUAAUUACAGAUUGCUUUCCGGCCCGGAAACCGUUAAAGAUGAUCGGAGAAUUUGUUACCAGAAGUUUAGUGUUGGUUCUUGGAUACGCUUAUCCGGCUUUUCAAUGUUUCAAAAGUUUAGAAAAGAAUAGAGUUGAUAUUCGAGAACUCAGGUUUUGGUGCCAAUAUUGGAUUAUUGUUGCAGUGCUGACAAUUCUCGAGAGAAUUGGUGACGCAUUUGUUUCAUGGCUGCCAAUGUACGGUGAGAUGAAGCUGGCACUCUUCAUCUACUUAUGGUAUCCAAAAACAAUGGGAACAGGCUUCGUCUACGACACCCUAUUGCGACCUUAUGUGACAAAGCAUGAGAUAGAUAUAGAUCGGAGUUUGAUCGAAUUUAGGGACAGAGCAUGGAAUUUAGCCAUCUACUAUUGGCAGAACUGCACUGAAUUGGGCUCGGAAAAAAUUCUCCAAUUUCUUCAAUUCGUGGGUUCGCAAUCUGCCAGGAUGACGCAUUCCAAUUCUGAGAAUAGAGAUGAUCGACGCUCUAAUGCGAAUCCUCAGUCGAGCACAAUGUUUGGAAUGUUCAAGAACAAGCGGCAGCCACCUAAAUAAGAAUCUAUUCAAGUUCAGCUUAACAACCAAGCACAAUCUAUACGGGAUGAGGACAUUCUAGUUCCGGAUACGGACAAAUCCGGUGUCGACAAGCAUUUAAAUUCUCGGAUCAAAUUUAGACGCUCCAAAGGUAGUAAUAAUUAGCAAAAUAUUGUAAAAACAAAAAUAAAAAAAAAUUGUAAAAUAUAUGAAAUUGUAGGAACAUUUUAAAGUUAUUCAUUUUAUGCGCUUCAUGUUUUUA